AUUGUUGAGUUUGACUAGAGUUUGACUGGAAGAGGAAACAGACGUUGUAUCUCUCCCCACAGAGAUGGUUGGUGGUCGCCUGAGCUGCUUGUGCACAUACAUGUCUGUGCUCCUUCUUGGGCUCUGCCUCCAAGAUGUGGAGACUUCCACUUGUGAACGCAGCAUCCAUAAAAAAGUUGGAGACACUGUGGAGAUGUCAUCAUGUUUACCACCUGAAGGGGUCACCACGGCAAAGUGGAAAUAUAAAGAGUUAAUAAUUGCGGUGAAAGGGAUGGAAGUUUCUGUACAACCUCCGUUCAAAGACAGAUUAGAGCUAAACCCAACAAGCUUUAGUUUAACAGUGAGAACACUGACUCUCCAAGAUUCUGGUGAUUUCAUUUUUAUCUCAGAUGAGAAUGACCAACAAAGGCCCACAGUCAUCAUCACUCUGCAUGUUCAUGAGCCCAUAACCACGAAGCCCGUCGUGACCUCCAAAUCCUCCUGGCACGCCUCAAACAACUCGUGUGGGGUGACCCUGCUGUGCAGCGCAGCCACCGACAGCCGGGUCACCCACAGCCGGGUCACCGACAGCCGGGUCACCUACAGCGGGGUCACCGACAGCGGGGUCACCGACAGCCGGGUCACCGACAGCCGGUUCACCUACAGCUGGGCCGUGAGGAACCAAACCUCAAGUGGCUCCAGGCUGCAGUACAUCAUCACGCCUCAGGACGGAGACACCGGAUUCACCUGCUCCGUUUCCAAUGUGGUCAGCGAGAAGUCGGAGUCCGUCACAGUGAAGUGCAGCAGAGGCUCAAACGUUGUCGUUUUCCUGGGUGCGGCAGGAGGUUUUCUGAUGAUAGUCGUUAUGGUUAUAGUUGGAGUAUCUGUAUAUGUUUGUCACCGCAAACAAAGGCAAGCAGGAAGUGACUCCUAUGACCUCACAGUUUAUGCUGAUAUCGCCGAUGUUGCAAUUGGGGGUGGGACUUCAUCCCCCAUGAAGCCGUGCACACUGUAUGAAACCAGCGAAGACAGAGGCGACGCAGUCAGACCCGAGAUGCAGACUGUGUACGACCAGAUCCAGUUCAGUCGCAUGAGGAAGGCCUCGGUGUCGCCCUACCAAGAGGUUUCCUAGAGGGUCAUGUGCACAAUCUAUAGUCCUUUGAUUAAAAAACAAAAGUAGAUCAACAUUCAUGGAUCCGACCAACAUUUGGGAAACGCACAGCCCAAAAAAUACAUAUGGUUAAUAUCACAAAGGCGACAUGGCGGCAGCGUCAUACUUUUGCAAAGUGUCUAUCUUUGGCCUCGAGAGAGUAUCGCACCUUCAUGUUAUCAUAUUAAACCAACAUGAAGCUUCCAAUACAGUUUGAGAGCAAAGCUACAAACUAUUAAUAUUGUUGUAAAUUCUGUAAAUACUGAGAUUAUAUUUAUACUUCUUUGAGGGUGUUCAGCGAGUGCAAAGGUGGUCAUAUUAAAUGACAUUUACUGGCAUCAAGUCACUCUGUCUCUCUGUAACCAUGUUGUUUAAUCAAAGGGAAAUAGGACGCCUAUGAAUAUAGUAAAAUAGUCAAAAUUGUCGUAUGGAAUUGGAUAAUCUUUAAUGUCCUUGAGGGUCAAUUUGGUUUGCAAACAAUAGUCAACACAACAGACACACAUCAUGCAAGAUAUUAACAAAAGACAUAACUUAAGACAUGCACCUACUUUAACAAUAACUUUCACAUAAAUGUAUUUAUAAUACUGCAGUCAAAAUUAUACAUACAAUUGGACCUUUGCAACAACAAACAGUGAGAUGGAACAAUGUAUCAAAAAGUUGAUUUUUCUAAAAAUGUUUGUACGAAGGUGCUUGUAUACUUAUACAUAAACAAUGAAAUGAACAAGGAUCUAAUAAACUGUGUUUUUUGUGACAUUU